GCGACGCCGGAGGUGAGGGGGGUGGGGCGGCGACGCCGGAAGUGAGAGGGCACCGGGCCGUUAGCAGCAGGAGGCGCGAGGAUGGCGUCGAGGGCGAAGCGGCCGAAGGUGGAAUCCGCAGAGGCGCCCGUAAAUCGGGAUCAAGAGACGGCGAACGGCCUGGUUCAGUUCCUGGACUGGUGUGUGCAGUCAGGGCUGCUGCUCAGCUCAAAGGUUUAUGUGAGCAAAGAGGGCACAGUGGCAGAUUAUGGCCUGGUGGCAAAGGAUGAGAUUGAAGAGGGAGAGCUGCUGUUCUCUGUUCCAAGGUCAGCAGUGCUCAGCCAGCACACAACCACCAUCAGUGAUCUCCUGAAGAAAGAGGCAGCAGCGUUGGAGAGCCCCUCGGGCUGGGUCCCUCUGCUGCUUUCCAUGAUGUUUGAGAUCACAAGCAGUGAGUCCCGCUGGAAAUCCUACUUCUCCCUCUGGCCAGACUUCAGCAGCCUGCACCACCCGAUGUUCUGGUCUGAGGAGGAGAGGAACCGCCUGCUGCUGGGCACAGGGGUGGCACUAGCUGUUGAGAAAGAUCUGAUCAACAUCGAGGAGGAGUAUAACAGCGUUGUGCUACCUUUCAUCAAGUGUCACCCUAGCAUCUUCGACCCACAGAAACACACCCUGGAUCUUUACAAGAAACUGGUGGCAUUUAUUAUGGCCUACAGUUUCCAGGAGCCCUGCGAGGACGAAGAUGAAGAGGAUGAUGAGAAGGCAUCAAAGCCUCCUAUGAUGGUGCCAAUGGCAGACAUCUUAAAUCAUGUGGCCAAUCACAAUGCGUGCCUGGAAUUUGCACCAGAAUGCUUGAAAAUGCUCUCCAUCAGGAAGAUCAGCAAAGGCGAAGAGAUAUUUAAUACGUACGGACAGCUCGCUAACUCGCAGCUCCUGCACAUGUAUGGCUUUACAGAACCAUAUCCGAGCAACACACAUGAAGCUAUGGACAUCCAAAUGCAGACUGUCUAUGAUGCUGCCUUGCAAGCUGUGCACACAGAAGAGGAGAGGAAGCUGCUGAGGGAGAAGUGGGAAUUUCUGACUGAGUUGGAAAUAGUUGGAGAAGAGAGGGACUUUGUGAUUGGCCAGUCAGGAGUCCUGACGGAGGAGGAACUUUACAGUACCCUGAAGGUACUGAGCAUGUCACUGGAGGAAUUUGAAGAAUACAAGGCCAAUGAUGGCUGGGAGGAUGAUGAUGAGGAUGAGGAAGAGGAUCUUUCCAGCCUUGACAAUGCAGUCAUACCCAAACUGAAACCUGCUUGGAAGCAACUUCUGCACAACACUGUGACAAUGAGACUAAAAUCAUACCGCUCAGGACUAAAAGAAGAGGAGGCUGCAUUGACUAAUGAGGAGACUUACCGCCAGCUCAGCAAACGAGAACGUGACUCACUGCAGGUCCGAUAUGCACAGAAGAUGAUUUUACAUCGACUGUUGGAGCUGACUGAAUAGCAUCAUCAGCAACUAAGGAAUAAAGUCAAAUUCUCUCAGAUCCUCAACAACAGUACUCAGCUAUCCUCAAAAUGCACGUGAUGACUCUCGCUUACACAUUAGCAAUCAAGUAACAUUUUUUUCUCAAGUCAACAUGAGAAAUGGGAGAACCAAUCUGCAUCCCUCCCUCAAAAUAACAUUGAAGGUCGAUGCCCUAGGAGAUUCCAGUGUUCAACAUCCAGCUGCCAUGAGCCCAAGUCCAGGUUUGACCAGGACAAGUUGAGCAUGUUUCACUGCAUGACGCGUGCAUGUUGUACACACUGGUUGUCUGAAAUGGAGAAAUUCUGAUGACAAACAUCCUUCACUCAAAUGAGCAGACCAAGAGAAGAAAAACUCAGGCAAUGUAGCAGGUGGAUUCUGGGAUGGAUUGUGAAUGAGGUCAUCAUAUGGAAGGAUCAGCCUUGAGGCAGAUAAUGCUGAACAAUUAACACAGGCUGGUUCUGAGCAUGCUUCAACAAGUUUUAGGUAUGAAUUCAUCUCCCAAUUAUAGCCUCCUUAAAAUAAAGCUGAAUGUGAGCUACAUAAAAUUAAAAGUA